AUGGCGGCAAAACGUCCCGCAUACGACGGGGUCGGCCGCAGCGCUGCCGCCGCGACAGCGCUCCCCUUCCUCCUCCUCCUCAUCCUUCCGGCGGCGACGGCGAACGCUCGACCCACCAACAGCGCUCUUCUCGCCGCCACUGGACCAGCGGCGCGCCGCGUCGAGAAUCUCGCGGCGCGGCGGGCCCUUCAAGACUAUUCCGACUACCAGCCGUGGGUGGAACCACCUGAGGAAUGCCAUGAGGAGCAGGGGAAUCUGAAUUGCCCCAGCGGCGGCGGGUGCAUGCACGAAUCGCAGGUGUGCGACGGCAAGCCGCAUUGCUCCGACGGCAGCGACGAGUCGCCCGAAUUCUGCCGCGAUUUCGACUGCGAGCUCGUUCGCAAGCGCUGGGGCCACCAAGUGACUUUUGAGUCGACUGUUCAGCGCUGCUCAGCGCUGGAGUCACCUGGUUUCCCGCCCCCUGUUUCCCUGUUUGCCUGCUCAGCGCUGGAGUCACCUGGUUUCCCGCCCCCUGUUUCCCUGUUUGCCUGCUCAGCGCUGGAGUCACCUGGUUUCCCGCCCCCUGUUUCCCUGUUUGCCUGCUCAGCGCUGGAGUCACCUGGUUUCCCGCCCCCUGUUUCCCUGUUUGCCUGGUCAGCGCUGGAGUCACCUGGUUUCCCGCCCCCUGUUUCCCUGUUUGCCUGCUCAGCGCUGGAGUCACCUGGUUUCCCGCCCCCUGUUUCCCUGUUUGCCUGCUCAGCGCUGGGGUCACCAAGUGGCCUGCCCAAUGCUCACUGGCCGCAUGCCCAUAUGAUUGCUGAGGCGCCCGCCGGAGAAAUACGGGUGUUUCAAAGUCAGGCUCAAAGCCGCAAACGCAACUCCUUCCCACUCCCUUUCCCCUCUUCCCCGCAGGUGUCCUGCCCCACUCUCACCGGCUGCAUGCCCCCGGCGGGCGAGUGCAACGGCGUGGCGGACUGCGCGGACGGCCACCAGGUUUCCUGCUCCCAUGUUCACCAGCAGUAUGCCUUUUUUCUUGCCCCCUUUCCCCUCCCCUUGCAUCACUGGCAGGUAUCCUGCCCCACGCUCACCGGGUGCAUGCCCCCGGGCAGCGAGUGCAACGGAGUGGCGGACUGUGCGGACGGCAGUGACGAGGGGCGGCAGUGCCGGCAGGGCUACCAGGAUGACACAAACUACUGCGGAGACCAGGGCCUCGAGCAGUGCCCGUCCGACCGCUACGCGUGCUUGCAGCAGCAGGAUUUCUGCGACGGUUACCGCACGUGUUACGACGGGUACGACGAGGCGAAUUGCGAGAGCUUCGUGUGUGCAUUUGGGAUGAUUCAGUGCCCCAAGACGUUCUACUGUGCGUCGGGGACGCUCUGUGACGGUGUGCAGGACUGUGUUGCGACUGCUGAGGCGGAGGAUGAGGAUAAGGCGUUUUGUAGGGGGUAUAGCUGCCCGGAGGGGUUUAAGAAGUGUGCGGAUGGGUUGCAGUGCGUUGCAGAGGGGUUGUUUUGCGAUGGGACGGUGAAUUGCAAUGAUGGGAGUGACGAAGGGGCGGGGACGUGUGCUGUGACCCCCCCUGCUGGUGACGGAACAGGCGCGGUUACCACGACUCCUCCUCCUCCUCCUGAGACUGGAUCGGGCUCUUCUGGGAGCGGCACUACCACUCCUCCUCCUGCUCCUCCUACUCCUACUGCUACCCCGGGUGGCAGCAGUGGCAGCGGCAGCAGUGGGGGUUCUUCUGGAGGGGCUGUUGUUGUGCUGAGCCCAGAGGAGGUGGCGAGGCAGCAGAAGGAAGCAACAGCACGCAGGGCGGCUGCUGCUGCUGCCAAGAAGCAGGCUGCUGCGGCUAAGCAUGCUGCUGUGGAGGCACGGCGGGCGAAGCAGGAGGCGAAAGCUGCAGCGAUUGCUGAGAAGAAGAAGAAGCAGGAGGAGAAGGCGGCUGCUAUUGCGGAGAAGAAGAGGAAGCAAGAAGAGAAAGCUGCGGCUAUUGCUGAGAAGAAAAGGAAGCAAGAAGAGAAAGCUGCUGCUAUUGCUGAGAAGAAGAGGAAGCAGGAAGCCAAGGCUGCUGCUAUUGCUGAGAAGAAAAAGAAACAGGAAGAGAAAGCGGCUGCCAUUGAGGCUAAGAAGAAGAAGCAGGCUGAGAAGGCAGCUGCGAUUGAGGCUAGGAAGGAGAGAGAGGCUGCACGGGCAGCUGCUGCGACCAAGUGA